AUGAAGCUCUCUUUCCUGGAAACCUCAUCUAUUUCAUCAAGUUUGUUCAUGUUCAAAGCGUUUCUUCGUACAAAAAGAAACGGAAAUCAGAUCUGUUUCUUCGAGCUUUAUUUAACUUAAAUAUAUCCCAUCAGGACGAAAAGAAGAGAGACAGAGUGGAGGGGAGAUCACAAUUAUGAGAGAGCCACAGACCUUCCUCUUAUUCUUCUUCUUCCAACUCCUUUUCACCGUCCCAGUCACUUCAUACAGUCCUGCUGAGCAUUUCUCAGUCAACUGUGGUAGUUCCGUCGACGUUCUUGAUAAAGAUAAGCGGAAUUGGACCGGAGAUAUUGUCUCCACUCAAUUCUCUCUCAUAGAUCCCAACAAAGCCACCCAGCCCGUCAAAGCCGCCGAGGCACAAGUCAGCCCAAGAAUCCCCUACGGCACUGCACGCCUCUCCCGCUCCGAAUUCUCCUACUCGUUUCUGGUGACAGACGGCCAAAAGUAUAUUCGCCUCUACUUUUACCCAUCUUCCUACGACCCCCACUUCCUUCGCUUCGAUGCAAUCUUCUCCGUCAAAGCAGGACCCCAUACCCUUCUUAAGGACUUCAAUGCUUCAGCUAACGCCGAUGCUGGAGCUUCACUUCAUGUUGCUGCUCCAGAAGGAGCCAUUGUACGAGAAUACGGCGUCAACGUUGACCCAGGUCAGGUGCUCAUUAUAACCUUCACACCAAGCCAAUCUAACCCAAACGCCUAUGCUUUUGUCAAUGGGAUCGAGGUCGUCUCUAUGCCCACCUUCCUUUAUUACACCAAACCUGACGACCUAGAGGCUAUGAGCCUAGAUGGAAGAAACACCCAGUUUCCGGUCUUGAACAGAAAUGCUCUUGAGACUGUGUAUAGAAUCAACGUUGGCGGGAGUCAGAUCCCUCCCAUCAAUGACACUGGCAUGUUUAGAUAUUGGGACAUGGAUAACGACUAUGUGGAGAAGGAGCGCCCACAUAGUGUAUCAGCAGAUUUGGGUUUAAAGCUAGACUAUAAAGGUUAUCCAAAUUAUACCGCACCAGAUGCAGUAUACAUGACUGCUCGAAACUAUGGGAUGAACCAGACGUCCAAAUUUAAUGUGACUUGGGAGUUUGAAGUGGAUUCCAAUUUUACUUAUAUGGUGAGAUUGCAUUUUUGUGAGUUUGACCAACAUAUUCAAAAUGUUGCAGAGAGAGUUUUUCAGAUCUUCAUAGCUGAUAUUUUGGUGGAAGGUGUCGCCGAUGUGAUGAUAUGGAGUAACAGGCAGCUUCUGGUUCCUGUCCAUAGGGAUUACGCCAUAUCGAUGAGAGGGCAAGGAAGCUUGAAGAAGCAGAACCUUUCAAUCAAGUUGCAACCAAACCCGACUGCAAGCAGCGCUUACAGAGAUGUCUUAUUGAAUGGUAUUGAAAUUCUGAAAAUAAGUGACCCGGCCAGUGGCAAUCUUGGAGGUCCCAAUCCCAAUCCGCGUCCUUCUCCCUUAACACCAAACUUGCCAUCACCCAAGUCCUCCAAUAAAACAAGGGUAAUUUCCAUUGUUGUUGGGGUAGCUUUGGGCUUCGUCGUGCUAUCCGUUGUUGUUAUGUUUAUCAUUCGGCAACGAACAACAUCUUCAGCCAACGAAAGCAGUUCUUGGUGGGGAAAGAAAUCAGUAGACUCAUCAAAAAAGAACAAAUCUCAUGGUUCAUCAUUGCCGUCCGAUUUGUGUCGUCGCUUUUCAAUAGAUAAGAUAAAAGCAGCCACAAGUAACUUUGAUGAUAUUUUCAUUGUAGGCGUUGGAGGGUUUGGUAACGUCUAUAAAGGCUACAUUGAUGACGGUACGGUCCCUGUCGCAAUCAAACGGCUCAAGAAAGGUUCCCAACAAGGGCUCCAUGAGUUUCAAACUGAGAUUGAAAUGCUCUCUCAACUUCGUCACAAUCAUUUAGUGUCUCUCAUCGGUUACUGCAAUGACGGUAACGAGAUGAUCCUAGUCUACGAGUUCAUGGCUCAUGGGACCCUCCGUGAUCAUCUUUACGGUUCUGAUAACCCUCCACUUUCCUGGAAGCAAAGGUUGGGGAUGUGCCUAAGCGUCAAAGGAAGUGUUGGUUACUUGGAUCCAGAAUACUAUAAGCGUCAAAGGUUGACUGAGAAGUCUGACGUUUACUCUUUCGGAGUUGUAUUGCUAGAAGUAUUAUGUGGGAGGCCUCCUUUGGUACGUAACGUGGAGAAGCAAAAAUCAAGUUUAGUGGAGUGGGUCCGAAAAUGCCAUCGCGAGGGUGUGAUUCACCAAACUGUUGACCCUCUCCUGAUAGAAAGUAUCACACCAGAGUGCUUAAAAGCAUUUAGCGACAUGGCACUCCAAUGUUUGGUGGAAGAUGGGAACGAACGGCCUUCGAUGAACGACGUUGUGUGGGGCCUAGAGUUUGCGCUGCAGCUUCAAGAAGGGACAGAGGAAUUUGUGGGGCUUGAUGUGGCCGUGAUUGAAGGAAAGAGCGAGGAAAGAGCUCUGCUGAGAAAAGCGACAAAUGUGGAAGAAAGUAAAGUAGGGUUCACGAGCAGUGAUGAAUUAAAAGGCAGCAAGUUGACUACUUCAAGUAGUGAAGGUCGGUCUUUAGUUUCUGGGUCGAUCUACUCCGAACUGAGUCAUCCAACAGUGCGAUGAAGUCUACUGAUAUUGGUCAUUGCUAUGUGAUGAAUUUUAUUUUCGCUCGUUUCCUUGUCAUAACGGCGUCGUCCGUUCUAUGCUUGCACAGUUGUUUGACCCUCGAACUUUUCUUUUCUAUCCAUAUGAGCGGAUAUAUCCUAGAGAAAAAAACAAAUUAUACAAGAUUUGCGAUUUAUUUUUUAGGAACGAACAAUUUGAGAUUAUGCGU